GCGGAGGGUUGUGGUUUCUUCACGUUCUCAAAAUCAGCAACUGAAAAUAUUGUAUUAUAAGCCUCAUCCGAUGUGUAUCCCCACGCGUGAGUACAUUAUUCGUGUGCACGCGUUGUUUAUGCAAGUUGUAUAGGUCCACUUUGUCUUAAUAUUGUUGAGUUGAAAGAGUUCAUACCAGUGUUGCCUGUAAAAGGGUUGGACUCUCCUAACGUUUCCUUCCUGUUGAACAGACCUCGCUCGACCUGCCCGAGGUCAGAAGUCGUUUCUGGUACCAUUGUUGCACUGCUAUUCAAUUGAUUUUCCUUUUCAUAAUCAAGAAGUACAAUACAUCUCUUGUCCAUGUCUUGUUGUUAUUUUUAAAUCCCCUUGGAAUUCCCCAGUAGUGCACUCAACUUUAACAUUAAUGCUAGAAAUUAAAUUGAUAUAGCUGGUUUUGUACUUUGAGCUAUGCAAUCAUUUAUAUUUUCAAUCCUCUAGGUGUGUCACAGCAGUGUCUGUAUAUGGCUCUAUGCAUAGAGAGCAUUCCAAGAUGCAAGAAGAUUUGCUGAACGUUCCCACCUCUGGCUACAGUAAACAGAAUCAGGUUUUCACUCAAGAAUCCCCAAAUAAGUCUUUCCACUGUAAUCGUUGUAUACUCCUCUUCAAGACCAAGGUUUACCUGUUCGAACACCUCAACAAGGUGCACAGCUGUGAUGUAGAUGCUGCACUCAGAGAGGCUGGCUUAAAAUACCCUGACAAUAACAAAGCCAACACUGAAAGUAACAGUGCAGAAGAUGACUUUGAAUGCCAGCGCUGUGAUUUUAUAGCGUAUAGUUGGGACAUUUUAAAUGAACACGAGAGACAAUGUCACAAGAAAUCAGAAGAUCUUAUGGGAAACCUAAUAAUUUCUGAAACCCCGCAGACCAGCAUAAUUGUCAUGUCGUCCAACCAGCACAGUGAAGCUGCAGGAGCAAAAGAGAUUUCCUCCAUUUAUUCAGUGUCGUCUACCUCAAAAUCUUUAUGCACACUUAACUCAUCAAAGGAUCUUAAGACUUACAAGCGGCCCCUUAAAACCAUUGACCAGUACUUUGCGACAUCAUCUGGAUCAAAUGGGAAACCCCCAGGGAACUCCGCUGAAAGCCCAAAUCUUCUUGACGGCACCAAAGGAACCAUCAUUUUGAAAGAAUCUCCCUCAAGCUCUAGCUCAAACAGAAGUGGUGUGUUUAAAGUCACUGCAAAGUCCAUAAUUGAUAUCACCGGUGUUUCUCAGCGUUUUUUGCACACCGAUCAUCUUAUGAAUCCUGACCUGAGGCCCACCAGUGCAAUAACAAAAAGUCCCCCUGCUGAAAAAGCAAAAGAGACAAAGCUCCCACGGGAAGAACACGCAAUCAAACAAAAAUUGUCACGCAACACCGAGUUUCUAUUUGACAUUAGCGAAGAUGAAGGGGAAAAGAAGCCUAGUAGUCUCAUCAACGGAGACUUUGAAAGCUCAACGGUGUAUUAUUGUAAGCACUGUGUCUACAGUGAUGUGAGCAUUGAAUGCAUAUCCAACCACUAUCAGAACGAUCAUCCUUAUGUGAGAUAUAACGCUGCUUAUAUUCGGGUUCCAAUCGAUAGAAGCGCGACCUUUCGUUGCCUGCAUUGUCCAGUUGAAUUUGUAAGUGUGGCUGGCCUCAAGAGACACUACACUCGAAACCAUCCCGAGGCCCCAGACGUAUUCAUGGUGAAGCCAGGUGAACUCAGUCUGGUUUUAAAAUGUUUUUUGUGUGUGUUUACCACCAACGAGUUGAAGGCAUUGAAAACGCAUUACAAGGAAAGUCACCCAACACAUGGAAUGGGGAAUUCCUUGCUGUACAGCAGAUAUCUGGCGACUGAAUGCCAAGAGGAAGCGACUCGGUCAAAUAUAUGUGAAACGGCGCGCAGUCCAGAAAGACCAGCAGGUAUUUCUCCGGAAAGUGCCUGCACGCCAUGUAAGGAAGUCCCAAAUGCACCGUCGGCCCAACAGCCCACCCCCCCGAGAGCAGAUGUGGUCUUGUACCACUGCAACAUCUGCACAUUUAGUCACAAGUCAGUUAUUGUUAUGCAUGUCCACUACCAAAAAAGCCACCCAGGUCAAGAAAUCACAAUCAAUAAAAGCAAACAGUCGACCUGUGUCACGCCAGACAAGUCUCCGAACUCUGUGACAAUAACGGAAGAAUCUGCACCUCAAACGAACGUCUCCGAUUCGUCUAAAAACACGAAAAGCAGAGCGGACAAGUCGAAGCGUAAGCGCACAUCGGAUGCUUCGAAGACUCCGUCAGAGUCUUCCAAAACCAAGAAAGCAGAAUCCACUGAAGACGAAGAUAAAUCCAAGGAGUUGUCCAAAAAACGCAUUCGGCGAAUGUCUAAAGAAAAGGGCCGUUCGUCCUCAAGUAAAUUGUUUUUCUGCCAGUUUUGCAGUUAUUCAAGUACCAAUGUCAAAAGUGUUCUCGGUCAUCACAAUGCGAAACAUUCUCUGAAUGCUUUGACCUCUAUGCAUGAGAUCUUGUGUUAUAGUGCUCAGCUGCGGAAAAAGAAACUUCAAAGUGAAGAGAGUGCCUCAGAAAAACCCGCAUCUUCUGAUUCUAAAACGAGUAAACGAGUCGAGGUACAUCGUGAAGAAGUUCCACGCGACGAGGACGACGCAGCAGACGCUCCUGUGCUGGAAGAUAAUGCGUACGAAUGUGCAGAAAACAUGUUUUACUGUCAAAAGUGCAACUAUGGAAAUCCAUCUUUAAAAGGUAUAAUUAACCAUCAAUGCAGGACUCACAAAGGCCUCAGUUACAGCAGGGAAGGUAUUAUUGAACACACAGAUGCGAUGCGUGAUCAAAUCCAAAAAUCAAAAUCUCAAGCAAAGGAGUUCUCCUUCUUGACAGAUCUACCGCUUCCUCUAGUAAAUGAGGGCGAUGAAAAUUUGUUUUUCUGCCACUUCUGCAACUACAGGCAGAGUACGGUGGACUCUGUAGCGCGGCAUUACAUCAAAAAACAUCGCAAAUCCGCGAUGAAGGCCGAACAAAUCCAUGUGUAUACCGCGAUGGUUCUAAAAAAGGCAAUGAUGCCAUACUCGGAAACUGCCAACCAAGACGUCACUUCUGCAUCCCUAGGGGGGAAAAGAAAUGAAAAUAAAAAAAUAAAGCGGCUCGGCAAACCCCUCCCGUCUUCACCACACCCCUCACAACCACAGCGGACCCUCCGUUGCUAUAGAUGCGCAUACAGCACUCAAUAUGUGUAUGUUUUGAGGAGGCAUGUAUGGAAAAUCCACCGGACGAAUCGCUCAAUCACCGACAUCUUAAGAGUGUGUUUCAAACAAGGAACUUUGCAGACGGGGUAUCACUGUGACGUAUGUGUUUUCUCUCACGAAAGAGCAGCACCGGUCUAUGAGCACUACAAGGAAUACCACCCGGGACGAAGCCCGAGCCUCGAGUACGUGACCACCCGGUUGUUUGUCGGCCCCGAUGCACGUCCUCCACGGAGGAGGAAGAAACCUCAAAUAAAGUACAUCGGUAUAAGUGACUGCGACGACACUAAUGGCAACUCGGCGUCGCAACGAUCUGGACAAAGUGAAGCCAAGACUUACCCCUGCAGAGCUUGCUCGUUUAAAAGCAGCAGCAUGUCGGGCAUCACGCGCCACUACCGCGCGGUUCAUCCGUGGUCCGUGAAAGAAGACGGCUCGGUCAUGGGUGUCGUCAACAGCAAGAGGCCGAGUGCAAACAGACAGGUGGAAGACAGCGAUGUUGUGCCCGAGUCAUUUGAAUCUUACCAGGUGCCUCUUGAAUUUGAAGCGCCGGAGUCUUCCAAAUGUCUCGCGUGCCCUUACUGCACUGUGAGAUUUCACACCCAGCACGGUCUGAACACCCACUGUGGAAUGAAACACCAUGAAGCCGAAUAUGAAAAUUCAGAUCGACAUCGAGAGGAAAUCCAAACGGACAUGCCGGUUUUCAAAUGUCCACAUUGUGCCUACGUGAAUACCAGUCAUCAAGGAGUUCUCAGCCACUGCCAUAUGAAGCACCUUGCCUUUCCAUCCAGUGCGGACGGUCUUGACGUGGAGGAAGUGCCAGUGUCCAACUUGGAUGACUGUUUCAAGAGAAAAGGUCCUGGCUACUUGAAACUCAGUGGCUACAAGUGUGAGGCCUGCCCACAGGUUUGUGCGACGCUGGAAAAACUGAACAAGCACUGUGAGAACGGACAUACUCUGACUGUGGCAAUCGCAGUGCCAAGCGCGCCGGAACCAGCCCCUGAACCAGCCCCUGAACCAGUCUCACAGGCUUCCUUUUUAAGUAACAAUGUCGAUACAGUGAUUAAAUGCCAGUACUGCUUGUCUAGUUGCAGCACAAAAAUUGCUCUCGAACGACACGUGCGUUUUCACCACAAAAAAGCAUCCAAUUACAUGUACAAAUGCGUCCUGUGUUCCAAAUCCUUUUACUCGAAAAUGCUACUUGGAAGCCAUUAUAUGAAGAUACACGGAAGAGACGGCUUCUUAAAAUACUAUGCUCCGGAAUACAAGCAGCAACUAUCAAAAUCUCACGAGUGGCCGUUAACUCGGAUGCCAGAAAACACCCGAGAGGCAUGUGAAACCAGCACCUCAGAGGAAAGCAAACAAUUGUUAGUUUACAAGUGUCCGGGUUGUCCCUAUGUGAAUGCAAGCUACCAUGGCACACUCACCCACUGCCAAAUGAAGCAUCCAGACAUCGUUGCCAGGGCGGACGAGCUUCAAACGGCGGAAACACUUGGAAACAACUUGGUCGGGUGCAACGUUGGAAAAGCUGCGAAUGAAAGGGGGUACCUUUGUCAAAUAUGUCCACUCAUUUAUCCAUCACUGAAGAAACUGAAAGGCCACUGGGCGAAGGACCACCCUCAGGCGCUGCCGGCAGCUCUUGAAUAUUUGGCUGUGAUUGAAACUGAAAAAACACCCAAUCUCUGCUCUCGAGUCUCGGCCUCAGAGCCGGCAUUAAAAAGCGAGACGCUGGCGGUGAGCUCAACAGAAAAUGACCUCGGCCCCGCUGAGACGUGUGAAGCGAACGCGCUGUCCCAGCAGAACAAGGUAACGGUGUACAAGUGCCACCUUUGCGCCUAUAAAGGAUUUUAUCGAAGGUACCUGCUAGGUCACUUCAAAAAGACUCACAAACUGGAUCCACUGACGACGCACAAGCUGCUACAGAAGUACAACAAACGCAAGCGGGUCAUCAAGCUGCCUGAAGCUGAAGUCAAAUCUGAAUCCGAGGAAAGGGCACCCAUCGAAUGUAAGAAGUGUCCACAGUUGAUCUUUGACUCAUCCCAGCUGCUCGUCGCCCACUACAGUACUUUCCACAGCUCGGACUCCAUAUUGGACUUCACUGUGUUGUCCGACGGAAAGAGGAAGGGCACCACAGGUCUUUACAGAUGUGUCCACUGCCACAAACAAAUGAAUGGAAUAAGAAAGCUGUGUCGUCACCUGGAUUUCCACAGAGAGACGGCGAGAAUUAUGGCGGAGGCCACGAAGAUGGCACCGAUAAAGGUCGAAUCAGUCGAACCCCUUGUGCAAGAUGAACUCCUCCCCUCGGAAUCUGUAGGCGAAGUGGCUCAGUGGAACACGGCAUCGGUUCAGGCCUUCAUUUUCACACCAACUCCGCUGUCGAAACCCGCCGAUGAGGAGCAACCGUUGCCGGAAGCGAGAGACGACAAACACCCUUGCGGCCGCUGUCGGAGGACGUUCAUGUCACUAAAGGGCCUGCGCUCGCAUGAGCGCAGCCACGUAGCCAUGGCGGCCAUCAAGAAGCUGAGCGACGCGCCGAGCUCGGUGUUAAAACACAAAUUCGUCCUGUUCAAACCUGGGACUCUAAAGCCGUUCCUUUGUAGCAUCUGUUCCUAUCGGACGACUCUCAUGGACCUCUGGAGGUGUCACUUCAGGAAAGAGCAUCAAGACAUUAUGUUUGAUGCGUCUGAGAGUGACGACCACGAGGAGGAGAGCGAUCAGAGGGCAGACUGUGAGACCUUUACUUCAUCAGAGGAGUUGGACUAUUGGCCCGAACCAGAAAUAGCUCAAAAAUCGCUGUACCUGGAGCCCCCCGACGUGCAGCGCCAGUUGAACCACUACAGCGCGAUGGCGCGGGCGGAUUCCUCGUCUCAGGCGAACGUGCAAGACCGCAGGUUACCCGACAACCGCCUCCUUCACUGCGAGUUCUGCAGUUUUAACACGGAACACCUGUCCAGUCAGCGGCGCCACUAUCUAAAUCGCCACGGCAAGAAGAUCCUCCGGUGCAAGGACUGCGAGUUUUUCACUGCUUUCAGGAAGACCCUGGAAAUGCACAUGAAGGCGGGUCACUCGACUCGCCAGGCGGAACCGACUCGCGAGAAAGACCUGCGCUGUCCUUUCUGCCUCUACCAGACGAAGAACAGGAACAGCAUGAUCGACCACAUCGUCUUGCAUCGCGAGGAGCGCGUCGUGCCGAUAGAGGUGCGGCGGCCGAAGCUGUCGCGGUACCUCGAAGGCUUCGUCUUCCGCUGUCACAAGUGCACCUUCUCGAGCGGGAGUGCCGACAACCUGCGUCUGCACCUGACGAAGCACGACGACGUCAAGCCCUACGAGUGUCGGCUGUGCUACUUCGACUGCACUUGGCUGAGCGAGUUGGAGGCACACCUGAGCGAUAAGCAUCAGGUUGUGAGGAAUCAUGAGCUUGUGGGUCAGGUCAGCCUCGAUCAGCUACAGGCAAGAGUCGGUCGGAGGCCAGAAGAGGAGCCCAACAGCAGUGAGGAUGUAGACACAGAGGAGUUUGGACCCGACUGUAAUGAAGUUCCACUUGAGACGCGAGCUAAAGACCCGGCAGGAGAUGGCACCGGGGGGGAGAUUACACUACAGUCCAAGGAAAUGUAUCAGAAGCAAGCGCAAGAUGGAAAGAAGGAAGAAGGCCCCGCCCAGAGCUCCGCGUUGGACCUUCCGUGUGAGGACGCGAAGCCAAACGUGGCUGUCUGGCAAAAGCGUGAUCGGGAACCGGCGGGGCCGGUGUUCUCGAGGGCCCAACCCAAACUCGGAGACGGCGAGGAGGACAGCGGCGUGACGGUCACACAGCAAAAAAAGAAGGCAGAAGAAGGGAGCUCACUAACUUAUGGGGGGAAAGCCGAGGACAUCGACGUCUGCAGGACAGAUACGAAGGUGGAUCAGGGUAGAGCGGUUAAGUCGGAGGUUGUAGAUAUUAGAAAAGAGCUGAUAUUACUAGAUGAAAGAGGCAGCGUCCCGCUGUCUCACAAUGCCCAAAAUAAAGUCAUUCCGAAGGCAAUUUUAAUCUCUGCAAGGACAAAUCUGAUGCAGGCUAAUACCAGCAGGCCUCAAGGGAGUUGUACAGUUGCGAGUAAUCUGCUAACUGUCUCGUCCAAGUGUGCACAGCUUAAGGUAAGCCAAGAGGAAAGCUUAGGGCUCGCAUUCACAAACUGCAAAAAGGAACAAGUGCACAGUCGGGAAAACAGUGUCGAGGUACGAGAGCCCUACGGGGAAAUGCCCGUACUUGAGAAUGAAUAUCUGAAAGAAGAAAUGCCGCCUCCUGGUAGUUGCAAGGAGGAAGACGAGAGCGAUCGCCUCGAGCAGAAGCCGGACAAAGAAGACGAGGCGGUCACGAAAGACGAUGAGAACGGGUGCACGAAACGGAAACGUGAGGAGGGCGAUGGCACGAAGCAUGCUGGUCCUCCACAAGGUGCACUCGUGGUGGCUGAUGGAGUCGCGUGCCCGGCGGCUGCAGAGGUGAAACCGUUCAUGUGUGAGUUUUGUGGACGAAACCUCAUGAACGGCUCUGACCUGGAGCGUCACAUCAAGCGUCAUCGAUUAUAAUGUUUUUCAUCAUGUGGCGUAUGGUGGGGGAGGACUUUCGCUCUUUUUCUGUUGUUGUUCAUUUUAAUUUGCUUGAUUUUGUUUCUAUGAACAGUCCUAGAUUCUCCGACUGUGCCGUGUAAAGAUGUACAACCUGGUUGCAAAUACAUGUUACAUGUUUUGUAGAAUUUAAACCUUUUUUUUAUUGAAAUGUUUUUAUUGGACAGCUCUUGUGCGUAGGAUAUUGUUUCGGUAACUAAAACGUAACCCUGAUUUUAACUAUACAGUUUGACAAGUUGAUAUUAACAUCUACUUUUGAUUUGUUUCGUUCGAAGACAACAAUUGAUAUGAAUAAAUAUUUAGUUUAUGUGAAGAUAUUAAUGAAUAAUACUGUAAAAACUGCAAAAAUCUUGACACUGUGAACAAUUGUUACAAGCAAACUGGUAACUAGACCAACCUCAACCGCUUGUGCUGCCUUCAGGUGCUGACGGGUAUUUGAUAAUACCUUGUACCUUGCAUUGAGGAAUAACACAUUUUACCAGUAAAAAAAUAUAACAGUAUUUUUUUCGAAAUAAACUUCUGUUUGCCUUUUUUUAA